GCUUUCACGCAUGCUGUCGGAAUGGUCUUAAAUCCGCGUUUAUUCUUCGGAAAUUGGACAUGCACUGUCUCUAAAGUGAUAGAGUAGUAAAAUCAGAAGUAAAGUUACUUCUGGGAUACUUCGAGAUCAUUUUGAGGCCAGAUUUGGACAGGCCACAAACUUUAAACAGCGAAGAUAACAAGUGGUGUGUGAGUGUGACUGGUUGUGUUUUCCGCCUGUUGCGAGGGCUGGAAGAGUGUGUUCGCACCUGUCCGAAUCCAGCUCCAGCUCCUCGAAGGAAGAGACGCUGGAGGUGUCGCUUCUCUCCACACGAUCGAAGUCCCAGUAUUGCUGUCUGUCCGGGUGCGAGUGUGUCCGCGUGCUGGACGGGGCAGGUGAAGCGUCCUGCUGGCUCACAGAAGAACUGCGCUCGCUGUUGGAAUCAGCACCUGGGUCGCUGCUUUUUCUCCUAUCGCAAACAGCGGCGGCUAAUGCUAAUGCUAACUAGCUCACGAUGGCCGGACAGGAGGAUCCAGUGCAAAGGGAGAUUCACCAAGAUUGGGCAAAUCGAGAAUACAUCGAAGUGAUCACCAGCAGCAUUAAGAAAAUAGCCGAUUUCCUCAAUUCCUUCGAUAUGUCCUGCAGGUCUCGUUUAGCCACUUUGAAUGAGAAGCUCACUGCUUUGGAGAGGAGGAUCGAGUACAUCGAAGCCAGAGUCACAAAAGGGGAAACCCUGACUUAGGCACAUUCCUGGCAUCGAUGCUGAGGUCAAGAUAAUGGCUACGAACACGCACCUCCUGUCUUCAUCAUUUACUUUAAUUAGUCAAACAAAAUUUCCAUUCGUUGGCUGUUUCAGAUCAGUUCAUUUUUGUAUGGGACCAUUGUGAUGCUGUAAACAGAUAUUUGCUUUCCUCAUUUCAUGCCUGAUUGUGGCUGAAGUUAUACUGUAUCUGGUCCUUUAAUUUUAUUGACCUUUUUUUGAUCUGUCAGGCAACUUGUUACUGUCUCUGUGGUGCUUGCUUUCGCAAACAUCCCAGUGUUGUAUGUUGUUUGGGUUUGACCUGCUAGUGAACUUACUUUUGACGUACCAUGCAAUAUAUAUAUCAACAGUCUUGCAAUUGCAGACUGGAGUUACCAUGGAUAAACAUUAUGCCUUGCUUUAAUUUUAAUUAUUGAUAGCUAAUAUUUUGUUUGAUCCCCCCCCCCCCUUUUUCUUUGCGUUUUUACCAGGGUCUAAACUGUUAUUGUUUAAUUACAAAGGUGUGUGUGUGUGUGUUUAAAAUACACUGCUUCCUGCUGUACAUUUGUCAUGCAACAAACAUCUGCACAUGAGAAAUGCCAGUCAGGUGGAUGGAAAGCACUAAAGUGCCAAUCAGACUGUUUUAAAGUGUUUAGUGCUUCUCCAAUUAUACAAUUUUAUGUCGUAGUGUCUGUUAUAAUGUUUUUGUGGUUGAACAUUAAAUAAAAAAGUUAAAGGAUUCUGA